GAACCUCAUCUCACCGAUCUGCUCCUCUCAGCUCUACCCUCCACCUCUCACGCCCUCCUCAGCCUCUUCGACUUCAGGAACCAUGACUUCCAGAUCCACCGUGAGAAGCCAAAGCGGCAGCCGCCGUGUCUUCAGUGCCGGCUCAGCUAGAGUCCCUGGGGUCAACCGCUCUGGCUUCAGCAGCAUGUCCGUGUGCCGCUCCAGGGGCAGUGGAGGCUUCACUGGAGUGGGUGCAGGAGCUAGCUUUGGCAGCCGCAGCCUCUAUGGCAUAGGGGGCUCCAAGAGGAUCUCCCUCGGAGGGGGCAGCUGUGCCUUCGGUGGCGGAUAUGGCGGCAGAGCUGGAGGCGGCCUUGGCUUUGGAGGUGGAGCCGGGAGUGGAUUUGGUUUCGGCAGUGGAGCUGAUGGUGGCUUUGGGCUCGGUGGUGGAGCUGGCUUUGGUGGUGGCUAUGGGGGCUCUGGCUUCUCCAUCUGCCCCCCUGGAGGCAUCCAAGAGGUCACCAUCAACCAGAGUCUCCUGACUCCCCUCAACCUGCAAAUCGACCCCACCAUCCAGCGAAUCAAGACUGAGGAGCGGGAGCAGAUCAAGACCCUCAACAACAGGUUCGCCUCCUUCAUCGACAAGGUCCGAUUCCUGGAGCAGCAGAACAAGGUCCUGGAAACCAAGUGGGCCCUGCUGCAGGAGCAGGGCACAAAGACCGUGAGGCAGAGCCUGGAGCCUUAUUUCGAGCAGUACAUCAACAAUCUCAGGAGACAGCUGGACUGCCUUGUCUCAGAGAGAAGCCGUCUGGACUCAGAGCUCAGGGGGAUGCAGGACACGGUAGAAGACUUCAAGAAGAAAUAUGAAGAUGAAAUCAACAAGCGCAUGUCAGCAGAGAAUGAAUUUGUGAAUCUAAAGAAGGAUGUGGAUGUUGCUUACAUGAGUAAGGUUGAUCUACAAGCCAAGGCAGACGCUCUCAUAGAUGAGAUCAACUUCCUCAGAGCCCUCUAUGAAGCAGAACUGGCUCAGAUGCAAACCCACGUGUCAGAUACUUCUGUCGUCCUUUCCAUGGACAACAACCGCACCCUGGACCUGGACAGCAUCAUUGCUGAAGUCAAAGCCCAAUAUGAGGAGAUCGCUCGCAGGAGCCGGGAGGAAGCUGAGUCCUGGUACAAGUGCAAGUACGAGGAGCUGCAGAGUUCAGCGUGCAGACAUGGGGACGACCUGCGCACCACCAAACAGGAGAUCGCUGAGAUCAACCGCAUGAUCCAGAGGCUGAGAUCUGAGAUCGACCACGUCAAGAAGCAGUGCACCAACCUGCAAUCCGCCAUCGCCGAUGCAGAGCAGCGUGGGGAGCUGGCCCUCAGGGAUGCCAAGAACAAGCUGGCCGAGCUGGAGAACGCCCUGCAGAAGGCCAAGCAGGACAUGGCGCAGCUACUGAAGGACUACCAGGAGCUCAUGAAUGUCAAGCUGGCCCUGGACGUGGAGAUCGCCACCUACAGGAAGCUGCUGGAGGGCGAGGAGUGCAGGCUGUAUGGGGAAGGCGCUGGACAAGUCAACAUCUCCGUGGUACAGUCCACCACCUCCAGUGGCUAUGGCGGUGCUGGCGGUGUCAGCAGCGGCUACGGCAUGGGCGGAGGCGGUGUCAGCAGCGGCUACGGCGUGGGCGGAGGCAGUGGCUACUCCUACGGCAGUGGUCUCAACGUUGGAGGUGGCUUCAGUUCCAGCAGUGGCAGAGCAAUAGGUGGUGGCCUCAGCUCCUCCGGGGGCAGCAGUUCCACCGUCAAAUUCAGCACCACCACCUCCUCCUCUGGCAGGAAGAGCUACAGGCCUUGAACACCUGCCACGGGCUCGUGGUCCCACAGCAUCUCAGGCUCCCUCUCUGGCUUCACUGCCCUUUCCUCCAGUUGCUUCCUCUCUCCUGCUUCUUUCUUCUCUUACUCCUUGAGUUAGAACUGAAGUUGCUGAGUGCCCUCAUGUCCUCUCUGCCACACCUGCUGCAUCUGAGCUUCCAUUGCUCACCAUCGGAAGGUCCCUGUCUGGGUCCUACUCCAGAACAGGGCAAUCCCCCUAGCUUUCCACUGGCCCAGUAUGUCCCAUCUCACAGGUGUUGUGUUCCUCCCUUGCAGUGAUCAUGAAAGCACAAGUGACUAGUUCUAUGAUGUACGGGGGUCUGUAUCCCUGUGAUGCUUCCUCUGCUCUUUGCUCACUUGUAUUGCUAAAUAAAGCAGAUUUAUACUAUAA